GGAGAGAGAGUGUAAAACGGUGCGUUUCGCUGAGGAGCAAACAUAGUCUGCGCUGCAUCCACCAUUAAACCCUAAGGAAACCCAAUUGAGCAAGGACUGAGAGAGAUGAUGGCAAGGAACCCUAACCGUUUGAUCUCCGCCGGAGCUGGGCUCGCGAGAAGGCUCUGUACUGCGGCAGCGGCGACGGAGCCGGAGGAGGUGGCGGUGCAGGCGGCGAGCCGAAGUGUAAGACAACCGCGGCUCUAUCAUCGGUUGUCAGCUUUGGGAGCCACCGGCGGGAGUGUGGCAGAUACGUUAAACGAGCACAUCAAGGAGGGAAAAUUAAUUGCAAAGCAUGAGCUCUCAAGUUGCAUCAAGCAGCUGCGGAAGUACCGUCAGUUCCAGCAUGCACUUGAGAUAAUGGAUUGGAUGGAGAAUAGGAAGAUUUUCUUCUCCUAUGCUGACUAUGCAGUACGCCUGGAUCUUUUAUCAAAAACCAAGGGGUUAGCCACAGCUGAGGAAUACUUCAACAACCUCUCACCAUCAGCAAAGAACCUAUUAACUUAUGGAACUCUUCUAAACUGCUAUUGCAAAGAAAAAAUGGAAGAGAAGGCAUUGGCUCUCUUUGAGAAGAUGGAUGAAUUGAACUUUGCUUCUACUUCUUUGACGUUUAACAAUCUAAUGUCCCUACAUAUGAGAUUGGGCAAGCCAGAGAUGGUUCCUCCCCUAGUAGAUGAAAUGAAGAAGAGGAGCAUCUCUCCAGACACCUUUACUUAUAAUAUCUUGAUGCAGAGCUAUGCACGUUUAAAUGAUAUCGAGGGUGCAGAGAGAGUUUUAGAGGAGAUUAAAAGGGAGAAUGAAGACAAGCUCAGUUGGACAACUUAUAGUAACCUUGCUGCAGUUUAUGUCAAUGCUAGGCUUUUUGAGAAAGCGGAGUUAGCUCUUAAAAAGCUAGAGGAAGAGAUGGGCUUUCAUGACCGUCUGGCUUACCAUUUUCUUAUUAGUCUUUAUGCUGGCAUUAAUAAUCUUAGUGAGGUUAAUCGGGUAUGGAAUUCUUUGAAGUCAGCUUUUCCAAAAACUAAUAAUAUGAGCUAUUUCAUUAUGCUUCAGGCUCUUGCUAACCUUAAUGAUGUGGAUGGCUUAAAAAUUUGUUUUGAGGAAUGGAAGUCAAGUUGCUUCAGUUUUGAUGUGAGGUUAGCAAAUGUUGCCGUUAGGGCUUUCCUAGGAUGGGAUAUGAUCAAAGAUGCUGAAUCAAUCCUUUAUGAGGCUGUUAAGAGAUCUUCAGGACCCUUUUAUACUGCACUGGACAUGUUCAUGGCUCACCACUUGAAGGUCCGUGAAAUUGAUACGGCUCUGAAAUACAUGGAAGCAGCUGCUUCUGAAGUAAAGAACAAUGAAUGGCAGCCAGCCCCAGAACGAGUACUGGCAUUUCUGAAGUAUUUUGAGGAAGAGAAAGAUGUGGAGGGUGCUGAGAAGUUCUGCAAGAUCUUAAAGAACAUCAGUGGUCUUGAUUCAAAUGCCUACCAACUUUUGCUUCAAACUUAAGUAGCUGCUGGCAGAACAGAACCCGAGAUGCGGAAGAGGAUGAAGGAGGAUGAUAUUGAAGUGGACUCCAAGGAUUUGCUUCAAAGGGUUGGCCCUGAAUAGAUCAGAGUCUGUAGGGUAGUCCUCCAGAACAAGACAAAUGUUAAAACUUCUUUAAUUCUUUCAUUUAGUGAAUCUGCAAUCUGCACAGUUGAUGGAUGCAGCAACUCCUGAAGCUGCUGUCACUUGAGUCAUCACGUAUGAGUUUCAAGAGUUGUAUCUGAGCUUGGUUGUUGUGAUAAUGCUUUAUAUGAUGUGGGGCUGAACUGUGGCAAUGGAUCUGAACAGAAUAGAAUUUAGAGGGAUUGCCUAAGUGCCUGGAGAAUAUUGUCAAUUCAUUGGCAGACUGGACCCUGCAUUUCCUUAGGCUCAAGGUGUUGUUUAUAAUGUCUUCAUUCUAAACCUAAGGAAUGGUUUUGCGGUAUUCUGCAUUUUGAAGUGAAACUGAUGAGUGAUUUUAUGAAUAACAUUUUCAUCUC